AUGCUUGCUUUUUUAGUUGAUGGACUGGCAUUGAGCAUGUUGGAGAGCUUGGCCAGUCUCUCUAUCGCCCUGACCUGCUUGCUAGCUUUUCGGUCUCGGUUAAGCUCCGUCUCGAAACCUUGUGGGGUUAGGAGUAAAGCAUCCCGAGUUUCCUUUCGAAGGAAAGGCCUUCGCAUUCCUAAUCCGAGUGAUAGCGAUAGGGAGAGAACUUCAUGCCUUUCCUUCCUCGGCCUUAGAAGUUGGCUUGAGCUGAGCGUCUCUUACAAAAAAGGUGCCCUAGUCGCCUCGGUGGAAUGCAUUGAAGAAAGGAAUCCACUCUCAUUUGUAAAGUACCCCUCUUCCUAUUUAGGGGGUUGA